AUGGGCGAGCGUGCGGACACUGCGUUUAAAACCACUGGAUCCAAGUGGUUGCUGCCAGUCAGUGAAUACCUGGGCUUUCCUCUUGACCAGGUGAAUUUUUUGACGUGCCAACUGUUUGCCUUGGUUGCUGCCUUCUGGUUCCGUCUCUACCUCAGUCCUAGCCAUGCCAAUCCCCUGGUCAGGCACGCUGUGUCCACUCUCCUUGGCAUUACCUUUCUCAUCUUCUGCUUUGGAUGGUACUCAGUUCACAUCCUGACAGUGGUGGUUGCAAACUACUUGAUAAUCAUCAACGCUGACAUCAACAAUGUACACAGAUAUUCAAUGGUGACUGCUAUGGGCUACCUGACAGUGUGCCAAGUGAGCCGAGUCUUCAUCUUUAACUAUGGAAUACUGUCCACUGACUUCUCUGGGCCUUUGAUGAUAGUAACCCAGAAGAUCACCACAUUGGCUGUUCAGCUCCAUGAUGGUAUGUGUAAGAAGGAAGAAAAUCUGACACCGGAACAGAAGUUGAUGGCUAUAAAUGUGAGGCCGUCUCUCAUCGAGUACCUGAGUUACAAUCUCAAUUUCCUGAGUGUCUUGGUGGGACCGUGCAGUAACUAUAAGGACUACAUAGACUUCAUAGAGGGCAGACACAUUAGCAGUAGGCUCAGGCAGCACUCUGGGACGUGUAAUGGGCAAAAUGGCUAUGAUAAGACUCCAGACCUGUCACCUAUGAAUGCUGUCUGUAAAAAGUUGCUGGUCUGCUGCGGCUGUAUGCUGUUCUUCCUCUAUGUGACCCGGGCUUUGCCAAUAGCGUACAAUGUCGACCCAGACUUUGUCAGCCACGCCCCCUUCCUUACCAGGCUCACUUACGCUUUCUUCUCCAUACAAGCAGCAAGGCCCAAAUUCUACUUCGCCUGGACACUAGCUGAUGCCGUCAACAACGCUGCGGGUUAUGGCUUCCUUGGGAUUGAUAAAAAUGGAAAACCAUCCUGGGAUCUAAUCUGCAACCUCAACAUCUUGGGGAUUGAGACAGCAACCAGUUUCAAGACAUUCAUAGACAACUGGAAUAUUCGAACAGGAAUUUGGCUUAAAACUGUGUGUUAUGACCGAGCCCCCAAGCACCGGUUGGCUCUGACCUUUAUCUUGUCAGCCCUCUGGCAUGGUGUUUAUCCAGGGUACUAUUUCACCUUCAUCACCGCCAUCCCUAUCACCAUAGCAGCACGAGCUGUACGGAAGUCUGUCCGCCACUACUUCAUGGGCUCCACAGGCUUGAAGCUGGGCUACGACUUCUUAACUUGGGCAGCCACCCAGCUGGCCAUCUGCUACACUGUCAUGCCUUUUCUACUUCUGGCAGUUCAACCCACUAUGGUUUAUUACAGGUCCAUGUACUUCCACGUGCACAUCAUUAGCAUUCUGGCUGCGAUCGCCCUGCAUCGGAAACAAAAACCCAAGGAACCCUCUGCCACCAGUAAAACAUUUUCCUCCGCCUCCUCCUCGUCCUCGUCUUCGUGCCCACCCCAGUGCCAGCCUGUUCACUCCAACAACAAUGACAAAGUAGAGUGA